AGCGUUGCGUACUUUAGUUUGUUUUCGGGACUGUUCUUUGAUAACCGCCACAGCGGCCUUGAAACUCCCCGAGAGUUCUUCCUUAACAGCAGUCCCUCUUUUUUCACUUCAAGACUGAAGCUCGAGGACUCACCAUUUGGCUGAAAUAGACACAAGAUUUCCCAAACUUUCGUCGGAGGAAAAAGAAAAACAAACCUAACGGCGGAGGAGAGAAUUUCUAGCACUUCCUCUUGUCUGACCUAAUGAUGUCUGCCUGAAUAAGCAGAGUGUGAAAUGUUGGAUAUGCCCAUCUAGGCCACAGGACCUUCUUUUUAUCCUGAGAGCGGUUUGGUUAUUUAAAGAAGAUUAUUUGAAGACUCCUUUUGGAAUCAAAUAGCAUGGAUCCUAGCAGUGACUACCAUUUCCUCAACCAGAUUUUGUGGAGAAGAGUGAAACUCACAUUGGUUUGUGGCAUCUUUGAGGGAGUGCUCCAGCAUGUGGACCCUAACAAGAUUGUUGUCCUGAAGAAAGUGAAGAAUGUGGAGACUGAUCGAAGUGUCCCAGGAGUGAAGAUGUUUUUUGGACACGAGAUUGUGAAUGUGGAACUACUGGAUGAAGAAGAACAAGGUGCAGUAAGAGAAAAGGCAUCUUCUGUUAGUCUAAAUACAGAAAGAAACAGGAUGGAUACAAUAAAAGAUGAAGACCUAAAUGUAUAUAAGCCUGCUUCUCCUGCCCCUGAGGCACCAACCACCUCUCUGCUAAAUGACCUCAAGUACAGCCCAUCAGAGGAAGAGGAGGUGACAUACACAGUCAUUGAUGAGUUCCAGCAGAAGUUUGGUGCUGCAAUGCUGCACAUCAAGAAGCAAAGUGUCCUGAGUGUGGCAGCAGAAGGAGCUAAUGUGUGUCGUCAUGGGAAACUAUGUUGGCUUCAGGUGGCCACAAAUAGCCGAGUUUACUUAUUUGACAUUUUCCUUCUGGGAAGUCGUGCUUUCAGCAAUGGACUUCAGAUGGUACUAGAAGACAAGAGAAUUUUGAAGGUUAUCCAUGAUUGUCGUUGGCUUUCUGAUUGCCUCUGUCAUCAGUAUGGAAUUUUGCUGAAUAAUGUCUUUGACACCCAGGUAGCAGAUGUCCUUCAAUUUUCCAUGGAAACAGGCGGCUUUCUUCCAAACUGCAUUAGUACUUUACAGGAGAGUUUACUCAAACACCUUAAAAUAGCCCCUAAAUAUCUCUCCUUUCUGGAAGAGAGACAAAAACGGAUUCGGGAAAACCCAGAACUAUGGUUCACACGACCUCUUUCACCCUCUUUGCUAAAAAUUUUGGCCCUGGAAGCUACCUACCUGCUCCCCCUUCGCUUGGUACUCCUAGAUGAAAUGAUGUCUGAUCUAACUACCCUGGUGGACGGGUACCUAAACACCUACCGAGAAGGGUCUGCAGACUGGCUGGGAGGCAUGGAGCGUACAUGUAUGGAGCUCCCAGAGGAACUGCUUCAACUCAAGGACUUCCAGAGACAGCGCAGAGAGAGAGCUGCAAAAGAAUAUAGAGUAAAUGCGCAGGGACUCCUAAUAAGGACAGUACUACAUCCAAAGAAAUCUAUGACAGAGACAGCAGGGAAAGAGGGAAAAGUAAGAGGUUUCUUACUCUGUAAAAAUUCUAGGCUAGAUAAAGCUCCAAAUUUUACAUCUCACAAGGAUGUAAAUUUGCUAAAAGGAGAAUCUAAGAGUAAGCAAACCACAGCGGAACCUCAACAUCUACCUCCCAUAAAGGAAGAAGUCAGUGAAGAUUCCAGUAACAAACAAAUUUGCCCUGAGUCAGAGGGGUUUAAGGACCAGAGAAUAACUCAAAAAGCAUACCUCAAGAUACCUAAACAAGAGUUUCAGACAAAUUUAUCUUUGAAAGAGGAGAUAGAACAGUUAAUGAUGGUGGAAAACAAGGAAGAUCUAAAAUGUACAAAACAAGAUGUUUUAGUGUCUCCUUCCCUUCCUCAGGAAACCAGAGUGUCUCCAAGUGACAUUUUUCAUCCUUUUAGAAAAGCUGUGCUUCCCACACUUCCUCCCUGCCCAGCUUUGGAGAAGACUGAUUCCUGGAUAAAUCCAGAUUCUCCCAAUCUGCCUUAGAGAUCUGCAGUUUGUUCUUGAGGCCAAUAAAGGUGGCUUAUUUCCUCUGCCAUCAAGGCCUUCCUCAGUGCUUAAGUUUCUUGUGUUGUAAAUUAGUCACAGGCUUUGGGGGAAAUUAUAUCCUCUUGCUUACUCCUAUAUUCUUGGAAUUUGAUUAGGAUGGGAAUGAAUAAGUUAAAUAAUGGAAAAAGUAAAUGUUCUGAUUAUGUCACUGUGUAGAAAUGUUCCCUGUGGCCAGACUGAAUUAUUUCUCAUAA